AUGAUCGAUAUUGAAGAGUCAAAUCGAUUGUUAAUCAAAGAAGAAAAUGAUACCGAAUUGCCUGAUGAUGAUAUGACUGAAUCAAACGAGGACUCGAGCAAUACUUCCGACGAACAAACGCUCAAUUGCGACCAAUGCGAUAAAGAAUUUGAGAACAGAGCACAGUUUAUUAAACAUCGCAGGGUGCAUCGCAAGAAGCAAUGCCCUGUUUGCUUCAAAUCGAUUUCAGUAAACAAUUUCAAAGCACACGUUGCUGCUCAUAAAGGGUCUUUCAGUUGUGACGUGUGCGCUAAAUCGUUUGCUUCUAAGCAUAGUCUUAACGAGCAUAAAAAUGUCAUCCAUGGCUUGAAGCAGUCAAACGAUCAAAAGCUGCAAUGUGAUCAAUGCGAAAAAGUAUGUGCUAGCAAAACACAGCUGACAAACCAUUUAAGAAUACACAACGUAAAACAAUGUCCGGUUUGUUAUAAAUCGGUACCAAUACCGAGCUUCAAGCGUCACGUUGCAGUCCAUUCGGGGGCUUUUCUAUGCGAUGUGUGUAGUAAAUCAUUUACUAGGAAAAAAACUCUGGACGAGCAUAAAUUGAUCAAGCAUGGUAGUACAGUUGUGAACGAUGGAAAACUUAAAUGUGAUCAAUGCGACAAGGUGUGUGUUACCAAGGUACAAUUAAUGAAUCAUCAAAGAGUACAUCAACUAAAAAAGUGUCCAAUUUGUUCUAAAUCGAUACCGGUAAACAAUCUUCCAGUACACGUUAAGGCUCACACACCUUGCUUCAGUUGCGAUAUUUGCGAUAAAUCAUUUACGCGUAAAUCCUCUCUUAAUGAUCACAAAAAGACUCAACACGCUACCAAUAUUCCGGAGAGUCAUAAGCUGCAUUGUGAUGUAUGCGAAAAAGUCAAGUAA